AUGUCGACAUCCACACCAGUCAAGCUCUCCUUCGAGGCAAUCGACGACCUCAUCUACGACGCUCGCGCAGGCGACCUGGAAGCCCUCAAGGCCGAUCUCGCCACCCAAAGCAAAGAGCACAACUGCCCCGAGGCCUGGAUCAUCGCCUCCGCCAUUGACGCCGAGCCCGAGGCCGAGGGUGGCACGGGGUCCUGUCUGCUUCAUUUCCCCGCUGCGAAUGGCAAUGCCGAAAUCCUCAACUAUCUCCUGGCAACUCUAACCGCGCAAUCUGCUGCGCCGCUCUCGGCGGAGCAGAUCGCGGCUGUGGUUAACCAUCGGAAUCACUCGGGCAACACGCCUCUGCACUGGGCUGCGCUGAACACUCAUCUAGGUUGUGUGAAGGCACUUGUGGAGGCGGGUGCGGAUAUCGGUGUUAAGAAUGAUGCGGGGCUGGAUGCGAUUUUCCUGGCGGAGAGGACGGCUUGGUCGACCGAGGAGGAGGGUAAGGAGGUGCCUGCUGAGGAAGAAGGUGCUGGGAAGAUGUCCAAGGGUCGGCAGGUUGUGGAGUGGUUGUUGAGCUCGGAUAAGGCUGGUGACUUGGAGGAAGGGCUCAGUGUUAGCGCUGGUGUUGGUGCUGAAGGGUCAGCGUCAGGGUCGGGGUCUGGGGAGACGAUGGAUGUGGAUGAGAAGAAUUGA